CAGUAAAUCUACUUUUGGCAGCAAAAUGUCAAGAACAAACUUCUAUCACACUUCUAAACAAUACAGCGUUACUGCGCCAGUAACCUUUAGAUCCUCCCUCUUUUUCUGUCAUGUUGUAAUUGGCUAACCGUGUGCCAACAGAUUGCAUACUUUUGGACUGACGCCUACAAACUCUUGAGAAAAAUAAGCCAGCACUAUCUGGUCAGACUUCACCACAUCUCCAUCCCUUAGAGAUCUCUACGCUUUCUGUGGAUUUAAGAUUAUUUAGAUGAACGAUGAUGGCUAGUAUUCGCUUCUGACAUGGCUGGUCUAAUUGAGCCGGGUGUAGGAUGAGCAGGAGCUUCUCUCCUUGGUGUCAUUUGGAAUAAGUAAUCUCAAAGGCAGUAUAGAACGAUGAACAGCAAGCAGGCGCAGAGUUUCAUGGAUCCCCUACCUCAAGGCAAGAGAGCAAGACUAGAGGGUACCAUGGGUACUGUGAGCGCUUCAGGGCUUUCCAAAGCCAACAGCUUGCCUCAGUACUCCCAAGACAAGUCUUUACCCUACAGACAUACCUAUAUGUCAUGUGGACAAGAGACUUUAGAUCUUCCCUCACCAUGGAGUCCCUCUACGAUUUUUGUGAGAAAUAGAGGAAGCCCUGUGGUUCAUGCCUCAGCUACAGAGGGGUCAAUUACAAAUCCAAUCAUUUAUAGGCCUGAAACUGUGAAUUUCCCUGAGGACAAUGGCUCCCCCACUGUACCAGAGGAUGUGGUAGCGAAGCAGAAGCUUGCCUACAACAGUAGAAGUCCGAGUAAGCACAGCCCUAGUAGUACAGGAUUAAUAUCCCCUGUUCCUUUUAGGAAAAUCCCUCUAGGUUGCAGAAGUUUAUCCCCCGCCCCAGCAGAAAAAUCUGGUGGACUUGCUAUUCCAAAACCAGUGUAUGGACACAGUCCUUGCUGUGCUGGCCAAAAGUGCACACUAGGCCAGAGCUAUACUAUGGACCAAGGGCUGCAGAGGAUGCCCCGAAAAAUGUUUGAGGAAGAUCAGAUGAUGUAUUAUGGACACUGGACAUGCAUGCAAAAAAAGGAGUCAGAAGCCUUGUUGCAGCAGAGAUUAUUGGCAUAUGAGCACUGUGGAGAGAGGGUACCAUUAAAAGACGUAACCACAGAAGGCUACCAUGGCCUCAGCCCAGGAAAACCACAAAGGGUUUCAGCUUUUUCUGAUCCAUGUCAGAGCAACUAUUUGUAUAACCAUGUUCACCCGUUUGUCCCCUCUUCACCAGAUCACUGCCAACGUUUCCAGAUGCCCAGACAGGCACAUAAGGACCUGGCUCCUGUGUAUGAGACAGUGCCUGGGAUGCAAUAUGGAACACACAUGCGGAUUUAUCAAGACUGUCCUCUAACAUCUAAGUAUAGAGAUAUACCUCAACAUUCCUUGCUUUAUUGUCAGAAGAAUAACAUUGAUGUUUACAGACCUGAGAACUUUCAGCAAACGUCUGGCCAGCACCCUAUUCUUCAGCCUUAUAUUAGGGAUUUCAAACAUCACUACCCUGUGGUCCUUUCUGGCCACCCAGCUGUCAGGAACAUACAUGCAUAUCCUGCUUAUAGAACACACUUAAAUACUAGACACAUGAACCCAUUGAGUAAGAGACAAUUUUGUCCUCCUGUCGUGCGGCAAGUAGAACAACCCCUGGACUUUUCCAUGCGGCCAGGACAGAGUGCUGACUCCAACCGGGAACAACCUCUUCAAGGACAGCUUGGAAUUAAAGGGACUUUCCAUCAAACUGGCCCCCAAGCUCACUAUAUGGUUUCAAAUGAUAUACACCUUGAAAAUUCACCCAAGGUCAGUCCAUGUCAGGGACAAGAUAAUUGUCUGCUUAAGAGUCGCAGUUAUACGAACUCUCCCACAUGCACUGAGGAUAUAUUCCAUAAAAAACAAAGUUUAUGUUUUGCACACAAACCAAGUAAUGAUGCUGUCGUAUCUAAAAAGCGCAGGGUGGAAACUGACAAAAGCUGUGAAAAUGAUUCUUUGGUCAAAGUUCAAAUGAUACAACAGCUGAAAGCUAAUGAGACUAAGCACCCUUCUUCCCCUCCAAUGCCUGUAAUUAACAAAGUCUUUAGUCUGGCCCCUUACAAAGCCUACUUAGAAGCUACAGGUUUAUUAUCACCUGCACAAGAUCCCAGUCCAAAUCAGCAACCUGAUUCGAAGCCUCCAAAAGAUGAACCGGAAGCACAAAACACAGAUCCACAAACAAAUUUAGACAACAAUGUUAUUAAAUUGAAAAUCAAAACUGAGAAAUUAGAGCCUGAUGAAAGUGUAUGUCAGUCAGAAAAAGAGAGCCACAGUCCUGUGAUUAGUCAGAACAACCACAAUGUACAUUUUAAAGAAGAACAAGAAUCAUCAGAGUGGAACACCAAACACAACCUAGUUAUGAAGAGUGACUUUUAUUCAGGUUCAAAGUCAGUCACACCUGAAGUGUCAGAACACCCUCUUGAAUGCACUCCUACAUGUAGUGUGAUAGAUAGAGUUGUUGUCUCAACGCAAAACACUGACAAAAAACAGUUUGAUUUUCCAGCUCCUUUGUCUGCUAAACCCCCAAUUCAAACUCUGACAAAUCAAGUUACAUUUUCCCUCAAUAAAAUCCCUCCUCAUUGCCUUAAACUGACCAGCUUUAAAAUAGUUUUGCCUGAAGUCUUCAAAACUCCAGUGUCUCCAGUCCCUGACGUUGUUCCGCCUCCUGUUGAGAAUAAAGUAGCCAUAAGCAGUAAACAAGCCCGGUAUCAGUUCAUGGAGCUUCACCACUCACUCUGCAGACUUGUCUCAGGAUGCAUUUCUCAAACCUCACAUGGUGACCUCAAGAACUGGUUAUCCAGGUUGGACCUGGAUGAAUCGACUUCUCCUCAAACCAAAACCCCAAAAAUCUCAUGCCUUCUGGGCUCAAAGGUUAGGGAGGUGUGGAUGAAAGAUGAAGAGAUGGCGAGAGCACUCCAGAAAGUUCUUUACAAACUUGAGAACUAUGUCCAAAUUCAAGAGUGCCCCUUUCCCCAUGUGAUCAGAGCAGGGACCGUGUUCAUUCCCAUGCUGGUGGUAAAGGAGGUGCUGUUCCCUCAUGUCCAGGGCACAUUUAUAGACCAGGUUCUCCAAGAGCAUCGAGUUGAGUUGCGGCCAACCACGCUGACAGAGGAGAGACAGCUGACUCAGCUCCACAGACGGGCUUUUUCUUCUAAACUAAGGAGGCUCCUGUCCCUCAAACACCUGCCAGAUAUCUAUCCAGAUGUCCUCAACCUCCUCUACUAUGAUUGUGUCUGCAAAUUCCUUGAUUCUACUCCCACAGAUGAUGCACAGAAGAAGUGAACUCCACUUUGAAAAAGGAAUGCGUGCAAUGCUCAGAUGAAGCUGAAAGUACUUUUAACGAGUUUGAGGUGCACUGCAUAUCGCCGAGGCCACACGCGCCAGACACCACCACGUGCCUGGAGAACCUGAAGCCAUCCUCUUGCCAGAAAAAUCUUAGGAAAAAAGGGAGGGUAAAGGGUGCCUGCAAGAGAAGGUUUUUAGGAGACAACACAUCCUCAGAAGAGGAUGGACCUGCUGAGGAAUCUGAAAGCUGGACUUUCACUGGCUGCUUGGAGAUGGAAGGCUGGGGAAACGUCCCAGCAGCCCCUGCUGGUGUAGAGGCUCGCACCGAGCUGAAGAUCGAGUCAGACAUUGAGCAAGAGCCUGAGAAUUCCUGGGGACGACCCUUGACCUCUGAUGACCUCUCAUCAGAGAGCACUGACAUGGAUACAGAGAUGUCCUCAUAUGCAAGCCAUGCUCCCGGGAGCAUUACGAAGCGCUCGGACAUGGUACUUAAACUCAGGAAGGUUUAUUACACCAAAGGCCAACGUGGCCAAGUAUCCCACUACCAGAGAGUCCCAAACCAGUCUGAGGUCCAGAGAGGGAGACAUGGACGCUGUCACAGAAAAAAGAAACAGAGAAGCUCAGAGCCUAGUUUGCGACACAGAGUAAGAAAGUUCUCCACAAGAUCACAGCACUGCCCUCAUCUCUCUGCUCCAGGGACUUCAGAGCACAGGAGGAGGUGGGUACUGCGCUCAACAACACAGAACACACACCGGACCAUGAGGAACCGCUACCCGGAUCUUGUGGGCAAAAGGAUCCGCCAUCUGUAUGAAGAAAACGAUAAAACAGAAGUGUGGUACAAGGGUGUAGUUCUGCGUAUCCACGAGUCCCAUCCCAACCCGCUGAAGACCGUCUUUGAGGUCAAGUACGACAGCGAGCCAGAGUGGCAGUACUACCUGGAGCUGCUGAUGGACUACAAGAAAGGAUGGCUACAAAUUGAGGACUGAAUAAGCAUGCUGUAAAUGUUUUUGAAAACCUUUUUUAUUUUAAAAUGAGAUUUUUUUUAAUAAUGCUUUUUAAUUCUGACCACAGAUUAUAUUUAUAAAGAGUCAAAUCUGCUGAAAGUUUAAACAGCUGCUGUAACAGAUACUAAACCCAAGCAUUUCAAGUGCUCAGGACUGAGCUCAAGCCUUAAAGGAUUUGUUUACCUUUUUUUAGUGUGUGGCUGUUUUAUGGCGUUUAAAUCAGCUAAGUCUAAAGUGCCUUUAUAUCAAACUUUCUAUUAAACCUGCUAUUAAAAACGACCAAAUUUUAAUACUUGAGAAAACAAGAGAUUAACGUUAGAAAAUGGAAUUUCUUUUUUUUUAUUUGCCUUCUGUUUACAUUUUAUUCUUUUAAAAAAUCUAUAUCUUAAAUUCAAAAAUUUCUUUCUACACCCAUGUUAAAUUCCUGUUUAUGUUUUUAACAUAACCCUGUUCACUACAUUUACUGUUUGUAGAAAAUACUGUCACAGCUCCCCCUUAUGGUUAAAAUUAAAAUCAUUGGUUCA